AUGGAAGAUGAAAAAGUGCUUCGACGAGAAAUCAUCAAAACAUUUCAGCUAAACGCUUUCGAGCUGAAAAGAGAGGCUGUAAAUCUUUGCACAGAACUUUUCAAAGAUAAUGACAAAGAAAAACGACAAAGAUGGCUCAAUAAAAUGAUUGCAGUUCUGAAAAAACAAUCAUGUAAGCCGACUUUCUUGAUACAUCAAAAUCAUAAGCUUUUUGUUACAGUAAAAUCUCCUUUGAUAUCCGAGGAAAUAAUUCGUGACAUUUUCCGACAAUGUAAAUCAAAAGGAGUUCAGGAUGCGUAAGUUUAUCAUGUUUUUUUUCCCCAGAACUUUUCCCCACAAUGAAAUUCCAGCGGUAAACUUCUCAAUGUUUUCGAUGCGUUCUCCUUGAAACCUUAUGAAUAUGAUGCGGAAUUGAAGAAAAUGAUAAUUCGAAAAGAAAAACCUUCGCUGGCUGCGGAUUCCGCGUCUUUCGCAAAUGCGAUUCGACAACGAUUUUUAUUGGUGAAACAGCGUGCGACAAGGUGUACGACGCUGAAAAAUCUGAAAUUUACUACUUGUGAAUGCUUGCUGAGUUCGAAUAAAACGAUUAAUGGAGUUGUUAUUCUUGGAAUGUUGACACAGCAAAAAGUGAGGAGAAUUUUAUGAGAAAUGAGGGAAAUUCAUUUUCAAAACGUGAAAUUUAUGCCAGUUGGACAUCGACUAAAUGACAUUUUCAGGUUUUUUAAGCUUGAAAUAUUGGUUUUUAAUUUUAUUCAUAUGAUAGAAUGGUCUAAGACGAACAAAAUGAUAUAAAUUUUGAUGAGUUUACGUUAUCCAUAAGUGAUUUAGCGACGUUUAGUCGAUAUUUAGUCGAUAAGCCGCUAAAUCACUUAAGGAUAACGUAAAGUCAUCAAAAUUCAUAUCAUUCUGUUCGUCUUAGACCAUUCUAUCAUAUGAAUAAAAUUAAAAAACCAAUAUUUCAACUCAUUUGCUUAAAAAACCUGAAAAUGUCAUUUAGUCGAUGUCCAACUAUAAUGCCACGUCUUUCUUCAUUUUCUACAUCAGUUCCCAAUUUCUAGGCUGAUUGCUAUCACAUCGAAGAUCUAACCGGUUCAAUCGAAGUCGAAUUCCACGACGACACACGUUUCCACCACGCACUUUUCCACGAACAUUGCAUCGCGAUUUUCGAGGGCACUUUUGAGACGGGUGUUUUACGAGUGAAUGAAGUGGCACCAGUUCCAGUUGAAUGCGCGGAUACAACGAGAAAAGAAUUGAGUUCGAAUGAAAAUUGGUUUGGUGGAGAGGAUAAGGUGAGGAAAAUUAGAAAUCUUGGAGUUGGAAAAAAAUCUUCAUGUAAACAUUGGUUUAAAAAAUACAGUUUUAAAAAAUUAUCCAAAACCGCCAUAAUAACCAGGUUGACGUCCCCAGUUGCUGAAAUUAUUUUUUCCAAAAAUCUAGCACCUUUUUUACUCAACACUUCAAAUCUUGAUGAAAUUUUGUCCAUAGGCAGCUUUUGGGGUCAUAAGUACACCCUGAAAAUUUAGGACCUCUGAGCCAAGUUCUGGGCUCUCAAAAGUUUAAAAAAUGUCAAAAUCGGCUUACAAAACACGCCAUAACUCAAUUCUCGAUCAAUUUUAUGAAAAACUGAAUAGCAGAUGAUCAUCAGCGUGGUCGAUUUACCCAAAAACCAUCAACAAAUCGAAUUUUCAGAAAAAUUUUUGAUUUUGAAAAAAAGAAUGAGCAGGGGCACAUAUGAAUUUUCAUGAAUUUUCAGCCGAAAAAUAAAAAAACUUCAAAAUUUUUCGAAAAAAUAUUUUUUAUUUAUUUACUUUUGGUAAAUCGACCAUGCUGGUCAAUAUCUGAAACUUUAUUUCUUCCAAAAAUUAUUUUGAAAUGAAUUUAUGUUGACUUUUAUGAGCCGAGCCAAUUUUGGCAAUUUUUGAACUCUUCAGAGCCCACACCUUGGCUCAGAGGUCCUAAAAAUGUAAGGGUGUUCUUUUGACCCCAAAAGCUGUCUCUGGACAGAAUUUCAUCAAGUUUUCAAGAGUUGAGUCAAAAAGUUCCCUUGUUAGAACUCCUAACUCACUUGUAUCCAUUAUAUCCGUUAUAUCCGCCAUUAUUCCAAUAAACAAGAAAAACAUCCAAAAUUUUUUUUCCAGAUCGCUUUUCGGUGUAAUGAAAGACUCGAAGCUUCUCUGGCAUCUCACCCGGAAUCUGCAAUCGUUAUUCUGUCUGACGUGUUUCUAGACGACGAAAAGGUUGUUAUUUAUUUUUUUUGCUAAAUUCUUAUUACGUCUUACAGGUUCUGAAAGGUGUUUAUCAUCUGCUCGAAGGCUAUUGCCAAAUUCCACCAGUCGCUUUUGUGUUUUGCGGAAAUUUUUGCUCGAGAACCCGACAAAAAGAGACGAUGGCUUUGUUGGAUCGCGGAUUUCGAUGGUGAAUAUUUUUUUUGGGGAGAAAAUUGGAGGUUGAAUUUGAAGAUUUUGGCUCAAGUUCAGAUUAGGAUCUUCUGGAAAAACAUCUAAAAAUAUUUCGAGAAACUUCAGAAAAACAAGUGGAAAAUGAAAAUGUUCAGUUUUUUACUAAAAAUUUGAAUUUAUCAGAAAAAUUCGAGUUAUCAGAACUCUUUUUUUCUUUUAUUCCUCAUACAUCUGAAAUUUGAUCAAAAACUGACAAAUUUGACAUUUUGCUCUCUCAAGAAACUUCCGUCGAUUUUUGAGCUUCAAAUCAAAUGCAGAAGUUUUUUGUUUCACAGUUCUUUCUGAAAUAUAUGAAAUCAUUGGGUUCAUUUCCAAUAAUGCAACAUAGAUUAAUGAAUAAUUAAUAACAUGCUCAAUGAUUAUCAGAAAGUUUCAACACAUUGUUUUUUUCAGGCUCGCAAAUCAGCUCAACGAGUUCAAAGAUUCCUAUCAAAAAACACAAUUCAUAUUCGUGCCAGGACCCGAUGAUCCACUUGUUGAUAUGAUUUUACCACGCCCAAAUCUCCCAUCGAUGCUUUUCAAACACAUUUCAUCAGUUGUCAAUUGCACUUUUGCCUCAAACCCGUGUCGAAUUCAAUAUGCGAGCCAAGAAAUUGUUGUAUUUCGAAAUGAUAUGGUGAAGAAAAUGUGUAGGUAUGUUGUGUGUGAACAGCUGAAAAUGUCGAAUUUUCGUGGCUGGCAAGAAAAUAGUAAUUAAAAAUCGCUGAUUUUUCAGGCAUUCGAUAAAUGCAAUUACGCCCGACUCGAUUCCAAGUCGAUUUGCAAGAAGUGUUUUGAGCCAGGUGAAAAAAUGAUUUCCUUUUUUUCCCCAAAAAUCAAACUCGAUAUAUACGAAUCGUACUUGAAUCACAUCAUUUUUACUCGAAAAACCGGUGAAAAAAUUCGUAAUUUAUUUAUGAAUUUUGAAUUUUGCAGGCUUUUUUUGAUCUUAGGACUUGAUUUGAUUUAGAUUCAGCGGAUCUUAUGAAAAUUAUAGAGAUUUAUAAAAAAAAUUUUAAAAUCUGAUUAAAAAAAUUUUUUCUAGAAAUCUAGGAAAAUCUGGAUUUAUUUUUUAAAAUAUUUGAAAUUUAUCAAAUUCUUGAAUCAAUAUUGAAAUAUUCAUUUUUUCCUAAAUUCUAGAAAAAAACUUAAUCGGACUAAAAUUGCUCUGGAUUGAAUUGAUCUUAAAAGGUUCCUUAAAAAUCAGAAAAUGCUCUCAGGAGUUCCAGAAAAAAUUGGAAAUUUUGGAUUUUUGAAAAAAUUAUUGAUCUUUUUUAAGAAUAUUCUAUUUUCCCCCGAAUUUUUGAACUGCAAAAAUUGAAAAAAAUUUCUUCCAGGCUCAUCUCUGCCCCCUCCCAAUGCACAUUUCCCCAGUCAUCCCGGAUUGGAGCCACGCACUUGCUCUCAACCCCCUUCCCGAUAUUCUCAUCACUGCGGAUCGUUUCGAAAGUUUCACCGAAAAUGUGGCCGGCUCUGGUUGUAUUGUCACAAAUCCCGGAUCGUUUUCGCGCAGCAAUUUUGGAUUCCAGGUUUAUUAUCCGCAACAGCGCAAAGUUGAAGCAUCGCAAAUUCCGGCGGAUUCUUGA